AGCUACCGCGACAGGGGAUAUUUGAUGGCUGACUCACUUCAGUAUUUCCUUGAUGGGACUUAGUUUUGUCGAAAGCACUGCUCAUGGACAGGAACUCAUUCAUUUCAGUCUGAGACUGAGAGUGGAGCGGAGGGCAGAGCAGCUACCCAGGUGAUUGAUCAGAGUGCGUCGUCCUUGUGAUUCAGCUUGUGUCUCGGCCAGUGGGACUAGAUUGAAUACCACCCUGUUAGUGGGACGAUGAGGCACCUAGGAGACAACUCCAGUGGGCUUGAUGUGAACGGCACCUCCUGUGAGGUCCAUGACGGCAUCCUCUCUCCUGCCUUACCAAUUCUCUACUCAAUAAUCUGCUUCUUCGGCCUGGUCAGCAACAUCAUGACCAUAUUUGUGUUCUUCCUGAGGAAACACUCUGACUCGUCCAUGGCUGUGUACAUGAACCACCUGGCCAUGGCUGACUUCCUGCUGGUGAUGUGUCUUCCCCUGCGGGUCUACUACCACAACAGCCCGGGCCCCUUUUACCUCUGCAAUGUACUGGGCGUCUUCUUCUACGUCAACAUGUAUGCCAGCAUCCUGUUCCUCAGCCUGAUCAGUCUGGAUCGCUACCUGAAGAUCAUCAAGCCUGUGUGGGUCCUGAGAAUCCACAAGGUGCGGUGGAGCCACCGGGCGUCCUUCUCCGUGUGGGCAGGUCUUGUCCUGGCCAUGUCUCUUUUUUCCCUAAGGAAAGACAAGGAGCGCCCCUGUGAUAGGAUCUGCUUCCACUUCCACAACAAAGGACUCCUGGGGGGCGUGGCCAACCUCACCGUGGUGGCCUUCUUUUAUGCUAUCUUCCUCCUCUUUAUCUGUUUCUAUGCUCGGAUAACCACCAAGCUGAGAAACAUGUCUUUAGGCAACCGGGAUCCCAAGGCUCAGCAGAGGAAGAGCAGGGUGAUCCUGAAGACCUUUGUGGUGCCGGUAAUCUUCACACUCUGCUUCCUGCCAUACCACCUGGUGAGAGUGCCCUACGUGCUGGCCCAAAUGGAUGUGAUCCAGGCCCUGGGCAGUAAGCAGAUUCUCCACAUCCUCAACGAGCUCACUCUGCUCCUGUCUGCCCUCAACAGCUGUCUGGACCCCAUCAUCUACUACUUAAUGUCCUGUACCUACAGGAGGACCAUCCUCUUUGCCCUGCAGGGGCAGUUCAAGACCAUGUACGCUGUUAACCGCAGACGCAUCAGUAUUAACCGAUCUAUUACAGAGAUAUAGAGCUACAGUUUCUAAGGCAGGGAGUUUUAACAUUUUGCACAAAUUAAUUUGGAUAAUGGACAAGUUGGAUUAACUGAAAAAUAUGAUGUAUAAUAGGCGUUAAUACUGUUAAUACUAUUGACUAUAAAAUAAGAAUAGAAGGAUAUUAUUGAAUGUACAUUAUGAAAUAUAUAUAUAAAUAUGAACUCUUUUUAUCAAGUUCUUACUGGACUUUGUAUAAUUUUUGGUCCAGUAAGAAUGUUUUUUUUUUAAAUGAGAAUUUGUGCAAUCUUUUUUGUUUGAGUAUGUUACUCACACUUAUGGAGGGCGACCUUAUGUUCUCAUGGUUAAAAGGGCAAUAUACAACAUGACCUUUUAAAUGUCUUACGCAUAAGGAUUCCCCAAGAUGAGUAUGCUGUUUCAUUUCAUGUAAAUGACCUACAUACUCACCCUAUGAUUUUCCGACCCUAUGCUGUCGGAAAAUGUAUUCAUUAAAUGAAGUACACUGACAAAGGCUUGUGUCAGUCUUGUGCGCUUUUUAAAAUAAUGUUUUUUUUCUGACAUGGGAUCAGUACAUUUAUAUUUUCACACGAUAGAGAGCCGUGAAGGUAUUUGUCUUUUACAAUUGCAUUAGUUAAGUUCACCAACGUUGCUUUCAUUUGAAGAGUUUCUUUCCAAAACUCUAUAUCAACCAAUUUCUCACGUUUGUGUUUUUCAUCAGAAGGAUUUGCUUAGGUUAUACCUUCAUGUCUGUGUAAAAUAUUAUCCUCCUCAGAUGUUUUUUGUAUGUAUGAAAAAGUUUUUUUUUUCUCCCAAAACGCUAUAAAUCCAUUGUUUAGCUCUAAUGGAAUGUUUGUAUCGUGUAUAUUUGAUUGUGAUAUGUGGUUGUCUCAUCAAGCUGUCUUAAGAUGAAUGCAUUCACUGUAAGUCGCUCUGGAUAAGAGAAUCUACUAAAUGACUAACAUGUCAUUUACAUUCUAGUAAUUUAGCAGAUGCUCUUCUCCAAAGCGACUUAAAACGACUGCAUCUAUCUUAAGACAGCUCGGUGAGACAACAACACAUCACAUUCGUAUCAGGUACAUUUUCCCUCAACAUAUAUUUAUCAUCAAAGUCAGUGCUAGUGGGAAAAGAGAAGGAAAAAUAAACGUUUUACAUACAGAUCUCACAGUAUUGUAUUUCAUCAUUUUAAUGUUGAUGGCACAAAUGUAUAAUUUGUAUAUUUAUUUAAAAAAAGUUUAUAUUUGUUACUGUGUAAAACCUAGCAGUACUACUUAUUUCUCUGACAGUGAGGUGGACAUAUAGCAUUUUUCUAUUAUGAUUAGUUGUCUCACUGAAAUGGAACCAUCAAGUGACAGGUUUAAAACAAAAACAUAUCUGUCAUUGAACAACCCCAUGUAAUGACUGGAUAGGGGAAAAAACACACCAAUCUCUUUCAGAAUAUCUUUAAACAAUAAAAGCUAAUUUACCAACAGUCCUGAAAAUGGCUAUAUACAGUGGGGAGAACAAGUAUUUCAUACACUGUUGAUUUUGCAGAUUAAAAUGCUAAUUAAUUACUUAAAAAUCAUACAAUGUUAUUUUCUGGAUUUUUGUUUUAGAUUCCAUCUCUCACAGUUGAAGUGUACCUAUGAUAAAAAUCACAGUCCUCUACAUGCUUUGUAAGUAGGAAAACCUGCAAAAUCAGCAGUGUAUCAAAUACUUGUUCUCCCCACUGUAGUGUUUUGGAAUUAAACUUAAUUUGAUGUUCAUGAUGGAUUAUCUCCUCAGAAAACACUUUGAGAUUCUGUAAUUAUUAUGGAAUCAUUGUUCUCUUGCUUUCAAAACAUUUAUAUUAAAGUACAUUGAUAUUAAAUGAUAAGAGAGUACUGAUCAAUUUAAGUAAGUAUGUGAGUAGUCUGUAUAGUAGAGGCAAUACAUUAUCUACGUUUUAAGUAGAUUUAUCCAAUCACUGUUAGGAUUCACUCUGUUAUUCACUGAUUUAUCAAGUCAAUUAUGGCUUGAAUGAGUUUGUUUUAUUACCUACUGCUCAAAAAGCUUGGCUUUGACUGACAGCAUAGAUUGAUCACAGAGACUUACCAGUUGAAAUGGAGGAGCAGAGGAAAGAGUGAUAUACCCGCUGUUCAAAGCCAGACAUUCACACUGAUGAUUUCUCUGCCAGAUGAUCAGCAGCUUUUCAUUACAGAGAACAAAGACAUUUCAA